CCCCCUCCCCCUUCAUCAACAGAGCACAUGUCAUGAGUUGGUGAAGGCUGAACAAUAAUAAUACCACCACCAUAAGAGAUGCCAUGUCCUUGUAACAGGGACUGUGGUGAACACGGUGGCACCACCAUAAAUCAAUGCAGCCUUUUCUUUAGCUGUAUGAUCUCAUUUGACAGCCCUCUCCCUCCUGAUUGAUGCCUUCUCCGUAGCCACCACCAAUCCACCACCACUGACCUGCAACAGAGGGAGAGGAGGAGGAGGAGGAGGAGGAGGAGGGGCAUUUUGGAACUGUGGUCCUUCAGAUUUCCCACCUCCAACUCCAACAACCACUCUCUCUUGGACGCCCAUCUUCUCCCAUCACCACCACCACCGCCGCAAAGAGAGGUCUUGCUGCCUCGCCUCUCUGCAAGAACUCAUUUUUGGCUUUUGGGAGGGGUUUUGCAGUGAAGCUCAAGAAAGCAUGAUGGCGGUUGUUGUUGUUGUUGCUGCUGCUGCUGCUGCUGCAACUGCUAUUGCUGUCCUUGGUGCUACCAAAUCCUCCUCCUGACUCUCCCCACCCUGUUCCUUUCUGUUUUCCAACAAACAAUUCCGUCACACGCCCUCUCUCUUUCAGAGGCAAGGCAUAUCCAUACCUUCCUGCAUACGCACGCUGUGUGUCCCCCUUACCGCGUACCAAAUUUGGCCUUUUUCUUGGGUUUCGCCCCUUCCCCUUUGGUUCCACCUGGAAAAUUUUCUGAUUGGAAACGAAUUGGCGUGAUCCUGGUGGAGUUCUUGAAGGAGAACGGCGAUGGAGAACGGGGAGGAUUGCAGCGUGAAGGUGGCCGUGCACAUUAGGCCGCUCAUCGGCGACGAGCGCCUGCAGGGGUGCAAGGAUUGUGUCACCGUCGUCCCGGGGAAGCCACAGGUGCAAAUUGGCACCCAUUCAUAUACUUUUGAUCAUGUGUAUGGGAGUACAGGUUCUCCAUCAUACGCCAUGUUUGACGAAUGUGUUGCUCCACUUGUGGAUGGUUUGUUCCAAGGAUACAAUGCAACUGUUCUUGCGUAUGGUCAGACGGGAUCAGGAAAGACAUACACCAUGGGAACUGGAUGUAAGGAUGGUUCUCAAACUGCGCUUAUCCCUCAAGUUAUGAAUGCUUUAUUUUGCAAGAUUGAGACUAUGAAGAAUCAAGCAGAAUUCCAGCUGCGUGUCUCAUUCAUUGAGAUUUUGAAAGAAGAAGUGAGAGAUUUGCUAGAUGGUUCAUCUGCUACCAAACUCGAGGCUAUCAAUGGACAAGCUGGGAAGUUGACAGUACCUGGAAAACCUCCAGUACAAAUACGUGAGGCAUCAAAUGGAGUUAUAACACUUUCUGGAUCUACUGAAAUUUUCGUUAACACUCAAAAGGAAAUGGCUGCAUGUCUGGAGCAAGGUUCAUUGAACCGUGCAACUGGAAGUACAAACAUGAACAACCAGUCCAGUCGUUCCCAUGCCAUCUUCACAAUAACAUUGGAGCAGAUGCGCAAACUUGGUCCCGUCACUACUGGAAGUGUACAAAUUGAGGAUAUGAAUGAAGACUAUCUAUGUGCAAAACUUCACCUAGUUGAUCUUGCUGGAUCAGAACGUGCUAAGAGAACAGGCUCAGAUGGCCUUCGAUUCAAGGAAGGGGUUCAUAUUAACAAGGGACUCUUAGCCCUUGGAAAUGUCAUAAGUGCUCUUGGAGACGAGAAAAAGCGUAAAGAAGGUGCUCAUGUUCCUUACCGUGAUAGCAAACUUACUCGACUCUUGCAGGACUCACUUGGAGGAAAUAGCAGGACUGUAAUGAUAGCUUGUAUCAGCCCAGCUGAUAUUAAUGCGGAGGAAACUCUGAACACAUUGAAAUAUGCUAAUCGAGCUCGCAACAUCCAGAAUAAGCCCAUUGUCAACCGAAAUCCAAUAUCAGAAGAGAUGCAGAGAAUGCGGCAACAUAUUGAAUACUUGCAGGCAGAACUGGCCUGUUAUCGUGGGGGAGGAGCAUCUGAUGAGAUUCAGGCUCUCAAAGAGAAAGUCUCUUGGCUGGAAGCUGCCAAUGAAGAUCUUUGUAGGGAACUCUAUGAAUUCCGGAGUCGAUCUCCUCAGAAUGAGAAUUUUGACACAGAUUCUGAGAAAGCUGGUUCUUGUUUCUUUAAAGCAGAAGGUUUGAAGAGGAGCCUGCACAGCACAGAAAACUUCGAUUACCAGAUGGCUGAGGCAAUAAAAGGUGACUCCAAGGAAUUAGAUGAAGAAGUAGCCAAAGAAUGGGAACACACAAUCUUGCAAGAUUCUAUGGGCAAGGAGUUGAACGAGUUAAACAGGCGUUUGGAGCAGAAAGAGUCUGAGAUGAAAAUGUUUACUGGAUUUGACACACUUGCUCUUAAACAACACUUUAAAAAGAAACUCAUGGAGCUUGAAGAGGAGAAAAGAGCAGUGCAGAAAGAGAGAGACAGAUUAUUGGCUGAGGUGGAAAACCUUGCUGCACACUCAGAUGGGCAAGUGCACAAGUUGCCAGACAACCACUUGCAGAAAUUAAAGGCCCUUGAAGCACAGAUCUUGGAUCUUAAAAAGAAACAAGAGAAUCAGGUUCAACUGUUAAAACAAAAGCAAAGGAGUGAGGAAGCCGCAAAGAAGCUGCAAGAAGAGAUACAAUUUAUCAAAGCACAAAAGGUUCAAUUGCAACACAAGAUAAAGCAAGAGGCAGAACAGUUUCGCCAGUGGAAGGCUUCUCGUGAGAAGGAACUCCUUCAGCUGAAAAAGGAGGGGAGAAGAAAUGAGUACGAGCGUCACAAACUUCAAGCAUUGAAUCAGCGACAGAAAUUGGUUCUUCAUAGGAAGACAGAGGAGGCUGCUAUGGCUACCAAGAAGUUGAAAGAGUUGUUAGAAACUCAAAAAUCCUCAGCACGUGAUAAUUCUGUUAUUUCAAAUGGUCAUUUACCAGGUGGUCAGUUAAAUGAAAAGUCCUUGCAUCGUUGGCUGGAUCAUGAACUUGAAGUUAUGGUGCAUGUGCAUGAAGUUCGAAAUGAAUACGAGAAACAAAGUCAAGUACGUACUGCCUUGGCUGAGGAGCUUGCCUUCCUGAAACGAGAGGAAGCUUCAUCAAACAGCAGUGCUAGUCCACCAAGAGUAAAGAAUGGACACUCCAGAGUAUCCUCUUUGUCCCCAAAUGCACGAUUAGCAAGAAUCACAUCACUGGAAAACAUGGUGAGCAUAUCAUCAAACACUCUUGUAACAAUGGCUUCCCAGCUUUCGGAGGCAGAGGAGCGUGAACGUGCAUUCGCAGGGCAUGGAAGAUGGAGUCAAUUGCGUUCCAUGGGAGAAGCAAAGAACUUGCUUCACUACAUUUUUAAUGUUGCAGCAGAUGCAAGAUGCAAGUUGAGGGAGAAGGAAAUUGAGAUCAAAGAACUAAAAGACCAACUGAAAGAACUUGUUAGUCUUCUUCGACUCAGUGAAGCGCGAAGAAAAGAAAUGGAGAAACAACAAAAUUUGGGAGGGCAAGCUGUUGCAGUUGCAUUACCUGCAUCACCUCCAGUGAGCUCAAAUGGUUCAUUGAAGCACUCUGCUGAUGAUACCAGUGCUCCAUUGUCUCCGAUAGCAGUACCAGCACAGAAACAACUGAAGUACACUGCCGGUAUUGUUAAUAGCCCGAGUAAAGGGACUGUGACUUUUGACAAUCAGCCACUGAAGAUGGUUCCAAUUGGGCAUUUGUCGACGGGAAAGAAACUGGCAAUAAUAGGUCAAGGAGGGAAGCUUUGGAGAUGGAAAAGGAGUCAUCAUCAGUGGUUGCUACAGUUCAAGUGGAAAUGGCAGAAACCAUGGAAAUUGUCUGAGUGGAUUCGGCAUAGUGAUCAAACAAUCAUGAGGGUUAGACCCAGACCCCUGCCUCUUCGGGAUAUUUUGUGAUCAUAAACAUUUUAUUGCCACCCAACCUGUUCCGAAACAAGUAGUUAAUUGCAUAAAGUGGUCACAGCACAGUCAAAUGCAAGCAAGCCUUGACAUCCUUUUCUUCAGGCUUCUAGUUGACAGUGAAAUCAAAUUUGUACAUGUUUGUAGGAUAUUUCUUCAUUUUGUAUAUUGUAAGCAUAUAGGUAAGCAUAUCGACAAGGAAAUUACUAUCAGCCACACGGUCAUGUUUGUCUUCAUCAAUGACCAGAUGCCAAAAAGUUGGUUUGGAAUGUAAAGAUUUUUGCUUGAUACAUGCAACUUUGUUCGUGUUCUCGGUGCCUCUGCUUAAAAGCUCUGAAGCAUCUUGUGAGGCAGCAGCCCUACAGAAAGAAUGCUGGUAAUGGACUGAGAUGAAGGAUGAAGGUGGACUUUACUUAGGUAGUUUUAUUGUUUAUUAUUCUUUUGCAAAUUGUUUUGAUAUUAUAAUUGGAGACCUGAAAGGUUUUGGUCUAUUGUCUUGGUAUCAUCUCAUUGUAAUUUUUAUAUGUUAUUUUUAGUAGAGAACUAUUGUCAUGUAAUA